CCUACGUCUAGAUUUUUGUUUACUGUAGCUGGAGUGGUAGCUAACUAGAUAAUAUAUGGUCAGUUUGUCUGAAAAUACGAUUAAAUAUUGUGUUACGUUGUGGGAGGAGUAAAUUUAGGUGUGCCUCAGCAUAAGACAGCGUAAUAGUCUUGCUGCAGUAUCAUUUGAGGUCAAGAUGAUCGAGGUGGUGGCCUCAAUGGCCCGAGGCCCCGUGUUUCUCGCCGGGGAGCUCAUGGAGUGUCUCAUAACGUUCACCAACCCGAUGUCCCACCUCUCCACCUCUGCUAGCAGUGAGAUGUUGGCAUGGGCCAGUGCCCAGAUUCACUGCCAGUUUCAUGCCAGUGAGAGCAGGGUGGCUCUGCCGGCCCAGGGCAACAAACAGGAUGUCCAGGCUGAAAGCGACACGGUGCUUAUUCCGAGCAGAGGAGAGCGAGGGCAGUGUGUGCUGGACACACCCCCCAAGAUACUGUUCUGUGACCUGCGCCUGGACCCUGGAGAGAGCAAAACCUAUUCAUACAGUGAAGUCGUACCCAUAGAUGGUCCUCCUAGUUUCCGUGGUCAGGCAGUGAAAUACGUCUACAAACUGACCAUCGGCUGCCAGAGAGUCAACUCUCCCAUCAAACUCCUCAGAGUUCCCUUCAGAGUGCUGGUUUUACAGGGCAUGCCAGAACCUCCGUUUCCCCAGGACGAGGAGGUUUCUCCUUCUAACCCCUUCCUAGAGGAAGAGGAGGCGAGCCGCAGGGAUGCUCGGCCUUUGGAGAGAGCACUGGACAUGCUGAUGGUCACCACCUCAAGGCGCUGUCCACACAUGUUUAAUAUCACCAAUAUGCGAGGAAAAGUGGCAAAGUUCUGCAUCUUCAAGACUGUUUACAGACUCGGAGAGGACAUCAUCGGCACAUUCAACUUCUCAGAGGGUGACAUCCCUUGCUUACAGUAUUCCGUGAGCCUGCAGAGUGAAGAGGAGAUCCAGCAGCAGUACCAGCGGCGUCCCGGCCAGGCCGUCAGUGUUACCGGACACGGGCGACACCUGGAGUCCUGCCUCCACACCGCCUCCAGCCACUUCUCUCUCCCCAUUCCCCUAAAUGUCACACCAGGUUUCAGCACAGACAUAGUAUCUCUUAGGUGGCGUCUGCACUUUGAAUUCGUCACAGCCCGGGAGCCUAUGGAACCACCCACUGUUCUGCAGAAUCAAUCAGAGGUCACAGUUUGGGCCGGGGCGGAACAAGUCGAUGUGGAUACCUUCAGUUGGGAUCUGCCAAUCAAAGUCCUGCCUACCAAUCCGGCCUUGGCAUCCUAUGUGUCCCAGUUUACAGGGACCAACAGCAUUAAUAUUUGACUGUGAGACUAAUAUUAUGUUGAUGAGGGGGUUGACAGAUGUUUGCAUGGUAUUCUGUGUGUGAAACAGAGAGAGAGAGAGAGAGAGACACAGUGUUUUUUUUUUAUUGUUUUUUUUCCCCUCUGUUUGGAUGACAAAUAUUAGCACAGCGGUGCACAUUUCAGGAACAAAGACUCUGUUUUUUUCUUUCCAUUGUAUAUGCAGAGCUGUUUAUGCAACCUGUAUUUUGCCUUUUUGUCAUAUGCAUUUUUUGAUGCAUCCUAACUUUGAGUACAUUUUCCUUUUAGGAAGAUUGACUCACAUUGAUCAUGUGAAGUGCAACUAUCCCUGUGGUUGUUGUGCGUUUCUGUAUUUAUUUCAUUUUCGUCUCCUUUAUUUCCUUGCACACUUGAUAUUUCUGAUUUUACGAGACAGUUCUUUCUUAUCAAAGAUAUUUUUACUGCUUAACUGUCUUUCUUUCAGCUCAAGCAAAGCUGUACUGAGAUGUAAAUAUGACAAGAAAAAUGAAUUAAAAGUGUGAUUUAAAUUUGAUAAA